UCUGUUUUUUUUUUUUUUUGACAUUGACCUACAUCCUCCUCCUUUUGAUGUAUGUGGGGGCGCGUGUGUGUGGAGUGGAGUAGGACAGGUUUCAGCACAAACACAUAAACUCCCCCUGCCCAUACCCCUACCUUCUGUCCCAACACAAGGAGAAACACCUGGGGACGAGAUCUGUGCUAAACACUCGCACAUACACACACACAAUCACACACCUGGAUAACAUGUGGAGCUGAUUUGGAUUAUAGAGCCGCACAGACGGAAAAGGUCUGUGGAUAGCCAGGCGUUCUACCAUGCCUGUCCCCCCACCCCUCAAUCCCUGCAGACAAACACACCUGCCCCACUCACACACCCACGCUGAACAAAGGGCAGAGCGUUCCACCUUUCCUUCUCUCCUUCCUCCAUUCAACCUCUCUUUCUCUCUUCUCCUCCCUCUACUCAUCUCAUCUUUGCCCUACUCAUCCCGCCUCCUCCACUGCGCUUGCCCCAGGACGACGAAAAGAACCCUUCUCAGCUCGGUCCCUUUCCCGGCGUUUCACUGGCUGACUCUAGUCACAUGCUGCCUGUUGCCGUCUUUGAUUGGAGCAGGGGAGACGUGGGGCGUGGUCUCGGCCUGUCCCUUCCACUGCGUGUGUCGAAACCUCUCGGAGUCGCUCAGCACGCUCUGUGCCGACAAGGGCCUCCUGUUUGUCCCGCCGCACGUUGACCGGCGCACCGUCGAGCUGCGACUGGCUGACAACUUCAUCACAGAGGUGGGCGGGAACGACUUUGUCAACAUGAGCGGCUUGGUUGAUUUGACACUGUCGAGGAACACCAUCCACCUGAUUCGACCGAUGGCCUUUGCGGACCUGGAGAGUUUGCGUUCCCUGCACCUCGAUGGUAAUCGCUUGACCAUACUGGGACCCAGGGACCUCUCAGGUUUGGGUAACCUGCAACAUUUAAUCAUCAACAACAACCAGCUGAUUAAAGUCUCUGUCCAGGCUUUUGAUGACUUCUUGCUCACACUGGAGGACCUCGACAUGUCCUACAAUAACCUCCGGAGGGUACCAUGGGAGUCCAUUCAGAACAUGGCCAGUCUGCACACUUUGAACUUGGAUCACAACCUGAUAGACCACAUAGCGGAAGGAGUCUUUGGAGAGCUGUACAAGCUUGCAAGACUGGAUAUGACCUCCAACAGGCUCCGCACCCUGCCCCCUGAUCCAUUCUUUGCAAGGUCUCAGACCGGUGCAAUAAGUCCCACCCCCUACAAUGCUGUCAUUAGUCUAAACUUUGGGGGCAACCCGCUGCACUGCAACUGCGAGCUGCUGUGGUUACGGCGGCUGAUCCGUGGAGACGACAUGGAGACGUGUGCCACACCUCCUCACUUGGCUGGAAGGUAUUUCUGGUCAAUUCCUGAGGAGGAGUUCACUUGUGAACCACCUCUCAUCACCCGUCACACCCACAAGCUUUGGGUCUUGGAGGGCCAGCGAGCCACACUAAAGUGCCGUGCCAUUGGCGACCCUGAGCCAGUAGUCCACUGGGUUUCCCCAGAUGACCGCAUCAUUGCCAACUCAUCCCGGACCAGCUCCUUCAGUAAUGGGACCUUGGAUAUGUUAGUAACUGUUGCCCGGGAUGACGGAGCGUACACAUGUAUCGCAAUAAAUGCAGCAGGCGAAGCGACUGCUACUGUGGACCUGAAAAUAAUCCCCCUGCCUCACCGGGGAGGAGCAGGUGGAAGCACAGGGAAUAACAACGUGAACAACAAGACCAACAGGAACGUGACCAAUGGGAUUUUACGUACUGAUCCAGGAUCCUCGGAUAUCAGCACAGGGAAAAAUGGAGGGAUUAACAAUGGCGUGGGACGUGGAGGAGAGGUGGAACAAGGAAGAAGAGGUGGAGGGGAGGAUGAAGACGGUGACAGCGGCAGGGCCGUUGAAGGAGAAAGAGUUGAUGGAGGAAGCAUGGAGGAGGAUGACAGCGAAGAGGAGGAACUAAGGAUGGUUGGAGUACAAGGGGUUACGUCAACCUCAGCUCAGGUUCGAUGGGAUUUGGGGAGUUUGUCUGCAGCUUACGUUGUCUGGAUGUAUCAGAUACAGUACAACUGCACUGCAGACGAGACCCUCGUCUACAGAAUUCUGCCUUCAACUAGCGAUCGGUUCCUGUUGAAGAACUUGGUCUCCGGUGUGGACUAUAACCUGUGCGUGCUGGCCAUUUUUGAUGACACAAUCACGUCAUUAGCAGCAACAAAAGUACUGGGCUGCACCACAUUCUCCACCAAGGAUGUUUACCCAGCAUGCCGCUCUCUCCAAGCCCACUUUUUGGGUGGAACACUUACCAUCUUGGUUGGCGGUGUCGUUGUGGUCACCUUACUGGUGUUCACUGUAGCGCUCAUGGUUCGCCAUCGCGUUUGCAAUCAUGGUGACCACAUGAUAUGUCACAACGGAAACACGGAAGCAGGGGGUGGGGCCUGCUGUCAAGUUGCAAGCAUAGGGGGUGGGGACAAAGGGGGGAACAGUGGCGGUUGCUACCAAUCAAAUGGUUCAGGGGACGUGAUGAUGGUGGUCCUACCCAAUGGUCUACCUUCCAAAAGAGGAGGGGAAAGGGACAAGGAAAAGGAGAAGGACAAGGAAACAGCUGAUUCCUCUAUGCCUCCAAAACUCCCCCCAAAGCCUAGGCCCAAGCCUAAAGUCAGCCUGGAGCAGUUUCUUUCAGCUGGGGGUGUAGUUUCUACAACAGCAGGGGCAGGAGGGGAAAUGGCAUUGGUGGUGAGGCAGAGGAAGCUGGAGAAGGCACCGCCCUACACACCCGAAAGUGACAGAACUCCCCUCUACUACUCCCCUUCCCCUCCAUCCACCCUUCCCCGACAGUCACGCUCCAGGGACCACCCAAAACCCCGUCUGGAGCGAGAACUGACGAAUCGUGCCAGUUUCUCUCUGGCUGCACCCCUGAGAGACUCAGAGCUUUUGGACUGGAGAAUAAUGCCCCGGGGCAGGGACCAGUGGAACUCCUCACAGGCUUAUCAGAGCCCUGUAUCCCCUCAAAGUCCUGCAUGCGGGACUGUUAGCAAAAGGCGACACUCACUGGACAUGGGUUCAUCUGUUGCCCUAGCGACAGAUGCGGCGGCCACUGUUGCCAAGCGCUAUGGUGCUGUCAGUUACGCCAAGCGGCUGAGCGUGAUCUGGACAAGGCGGAGCCAGUCGCUUCACGGAAUGCUGGUGCAGUGUGCAUCAACAACGAGCACAGCAUCUUCAACGACCAGCGAUGAGGGAGAAGCUGGCGGGGGCUUUGGAGCACGCUGCCAGUUCCAACGAGGAUACAUCCAUGCGUACAACACCACCAACUCCAACUCUAACACUGGGAUCACGACUGGGAAGGCCGUGAGCGUAAAAGACAGAGGGCAGGAGAGAGGAAAGGACGGAAAGAAUGCUGAAGAACUGGAGGAAAGUGUUGUGUAGUGGGAAGUGGAGCAGAAUAAAAAAGUUAAGAGGGAUAAAGGGUUCUGUGAGAGGACAGUUUGAAUGGGAUUAUGGUUUGAGCAGAGUAAGGAGGGACAGCGGGGACAUGAUUGUAGUUGAGGAGGAGAAGGUUGAUUGACAGGGGAUAAGUCAGGAAUAGAGAAGAGGAAGUGAGGUUGAGAUUUUUAAGAGGUACUUUACAGAACCUGUGGCAGAAAGUGUAAUACGGGGCAUUUUUAAAAAUGGCAAGGCUGAGCUCAAUCUGUAUCAGUAGAAAAUGACUGAUUCGAGGUAGAAAAUGAACAUAGUAACAUCCAAACAAAGCUCUAGGCAGAGACAGUGACAGUUGUGAGACAAGACAACGUGAGAAGAGAGAGAGAGAGAUGUAAUCAAAGGGAAAACAUCAAUAGAGCAACAAGAUGAAGGUUAUAUAGCAGAGACAGAGAUGGCGUGAGCUCAGCGUGGCUUCUCAGUAAAUUCUUUAAACUAACAGAACCAGACUCCAGUUAACACUUCAGUUCUCCUGGGACCCAGCACUCACAACACCACAAGGGUUUACGCUGGAUCAGAAACUUCUACGCACUCUGAGGUUUUGGCAAAUUAAUUUCCUCUGACAAAAAUGCAGCAGUAAAAAAAAUAAAUUUGAUUCCAUAGCCGUACUAAGUUAGCUUGGUUUUUGGCUCCAACAAUGAUGGUCAGUUACAAACUCUUUUUCAAAACACAAUGAAUGUGACUUUUAUGUGUCCUCUGUGGCUGGACAAUGAUUUUGGCUCACCAUGCCUGUGGAUUAUGUGAGCAUAAAUACAGGGCCGGAUGCAUUGGACAUGAUCAAUCGAUAUGGGCUGGGGAGAGCAAGAGGAGCAAAGACAUUAUUAAAAAGAAAGUCAUCGGGAUUACAAUGGAGUCGAUAUGGAUUACAAAAUGGAAGAGGCAGGCGUGUAUGAUGGAACAUGUACGCAUGUGCAUUCCUGAAAGGCAAGAUCAUAUUGGAUCUAGGAUAACUAUGGACCAAACAAAUGAAUAAUGCUAAUGAAUGCAUAGGUGUGCAUGCACUGAUGGAUCAGGGACAGGAUGUGUGUAUGACUGCCUGUGUGUAUUUGUGUGCGCACAUGUUUAUGAAUGUUUGUGAGGGGAAAUCUAGUCAAUCCAUCUUUAAAAAGGUUUAACGCUCUCUGGACAUGCUGUAAAAGAAUAAGUCUGAAAAUUUAAGAUUUGAGGUGAACAACACGUUCACGACAUUUUCACCAGAAUAAAUCACUAUUCACAGCAACGAGGGCGUGGUCAGAAAGCAGCAACCGUUAAUGGGAAAGUAAAAUUUCAGAAUGAUUUUUUGUGACUUCAGGUUUUUUUGUGCCACAUGGGUUCACAGUAAAUCCAAACAGUGAAUGUUUUCAGAAAGGAACCAGUUUAAAAAAACAUGAAGCCACUGUCGAUAUAAACUCUUCAUUGGGAGAACUACACUGGAACGUAUGAUCCAUAAG